CGCUUCACACGCACCGCCCGCAGGCCGUCAUCCCACGCAUUCGCAUCCUUCCCCGCUCUCGCUCUCUCAGCCGCAGAGCCACUCGUGUCGGUGACGGCGGCGAAGGCAAUGUCAUCCCUCCGCCCGUCCCUCCUGCUCGUGGUGUCGCUGCUCGCGGCGGCUCUGCUUGCAGCGGCGCCGUCCUCCGCGUCUCGCGACCUCCGCCCGCUCCAGGCGAGCUUCGUCGUGCGCGGCCGCGUCUGGUGCGACAACUGCCGCGCGGGCUUCGAGACCCCCGCAUCCACCUACAUUGCCGGAGCUAAGGUGAGAGUCGACUGCAAAUCGAAGACCACCGGGGCAAAUACAUGCAGCUUCGAGGGGCAUACUGACCGCACCGGCACCUACAACAUCCUUGUCAUUGAUGAGCAUGAGCAUGAGCUCUGCGAGUCCGUCCUUGUGAGCAGCCCGGACAAGGGGUGUGCCAAUGUUGUGGCUGGUCGUGAGAGGGCCCCCGUCUUCCUUACCAGCAACAACGGUGUUGCAUCCAACGUUCGUUUGGCAAAUGCUCUGGGGUUCCAGAAGGACGUUGCCCUUCCUAGAUGCGCGCAGAUCCUCAAGAUGUACCAGGAUGAGGAUGACCGUGUCUAAUUACGCCUGAGUUUAGAUGUACUUGGCGAGUUACAAUAUAUUUAUGUGGUGUCUGAAAUGUUCUAGAACCUCUAAAUCUAUUACUAAGAGCAACGAUAUUGUCGCUUCUUAAACCUUAGUACUACGGAUGUUAUGAGCUAAUAAAUAUAUUUCGCUAAUGUGAUGCAGUU